UGGAUUAAAAGGAUUUCUGGAGAGUAAAAAGAUUAAAAUAUGACGAGGACUGUCUGUACUUGAAUGUUUAUGCCCCGGAAUUAAAUGAAGAAGAAAAGCCAUUGGCAGUUAUGGUGUGGAUAUAUGGAGGUGGAUUCACGAUUGGUUUUUCUGACAUGUAUUUAGGACACCACUUGGCAAUACAUGGCAGAGUUAUAGUUGUUACUCUCAAUUAUAGGUUGUCAGUGUGGGGUUUUCUUUCUACCGGCGAUGAGCAUGCGCCGGGUAAUUACGGGCUAUGGGACCAGCAUUUGGGGAUAAAAUGGGUGCAUGAUAAUAUUGCUGCUUUUGGAGGGGACCCGAAUCGGGUGACACUUUUUGGAGAGUCGGCUGGGUCGGCUAGUGUAUUUUAUCAAACACUCUAUCCUGGAAAUAAAGGACUAUUUCAAAGAGCUUUAGGUCAGAGUGGAAGUGUUGGUAACUUUUGGGGGCUUAAUGAAAAGAAUAAAGAAAACGCAAAAAAGAUGGGAAAUCUUGCAAAUUGUGAAGCAGACGGAUCAAAGUCAUUGGUUAAUUGUUUGCGUCAGGUACCAGUUGAAAAGUUAUCAGAUUUCGUUUGUAACUCCACAUACGGACUGGUUACAUUUCCAUCUUCGUUCCUACCAACAUUUGACGGUGACUUUGUAAAAACCGAUCCAAAACGUGUGUUUGACAAAGACAGCGAUAUGUCAAGUGAAGUUGCGGAUUUCUUUUCGAGCUUGGAUGUAAUGACUGGCGUGAACUCGGGAGAGGGUAGCGGUGGCAUAAGUCCGUUUGUAACAGGAAACCCUGACGCUGAAAACUUUACGGCAAACAAAACUUACUUCGAGGAAACACUUGUUCCUGUAACAAUCGGGAAGGUUUUUGGAGAAACAGUGCCCAAAGUUGCAGUAGACGCCGUCAUAUCGGAGUAUACAAACUGGGAAAAUCCUGGUGAUGAAAAUAAUAUUAGAGAAGAAUUCAUUUCCAUGUUUGGUGAUGUUUCAUUCACAAAGGAUUUGUAUGUUACACUUAAUGCACAUUCAAAACUUUCGACCAAUCAGCACACGUAUAUGUAUUUAUUUGAAAUAGUUCCCGAGUUUUCAGGCUUUCUACAGCCCCCGACAUGGUUUAAGAAAUUAGUCCACGGCGGAGAUCUCCCUUUUGUAUUUGGUUUUGUAAAUUCUGAUCAAUUAGAAGAUGAAUUUCAUGCAAAGCCGGCGAAGUGGGAAACACAGUUAUCUGCUGACGUCAUGACGAUAUGGUCUAACUUCGCAAAAACUGGAAAUCCUAAUCUACCGUCAGACCUUGGACUAGAUUGGAUUCCAUACACUCGAAAACAUCAGCAUUAUUUACAAAUAGCACGUGAUAUGACGUCAGCAAAUGUUAAACAACGCUGGAAUACACGGAGGGUAAAUUUCUGGGAGAAUAUCUUACCACGAAUUAUCAAAGCUGCACAGUGUAAUGAACCAAAAUAUACUGAAAAUUUAAACCAAGAAACAUGUGAUAAAGAUAAGAGUUGUUCUCCCUAAGCAAUCACAUAAAGUCGGUCUUUUCUUUUAUAUGAAGUCCGAUAAUACAUGUAUAUGAAUGAUCGGCAAAGAUUUUCGAUUUGUUGAAAAGACCAUAGUGCAUAAUACUUUUUUAAGUGAUUAAGCUUGACUGUACAUGUAGCUUAAUUAUACUGAAAAUAUAACAAACUAGUUAAUCAGGUAAUAAGACUGAGUCUUAGAUCAUUUUAGGACGCAAACUCAUACUAAAACCAUUUUAGGACUUGUAUUCUUACUUCAAAUAUUUUAGGGCUCAAACUUGUAUUAAACAAACUUUUUGGAUUAAAAGCUUGUACUUUAACCUUUUAGAUUACCAACUUCUUCAACUGUCUUAAUAUAUGAAUUUGGUAUUUUAAAAAUGAUAGUACGAUAGUACGCUAACUUGUGCUGCAAUUAUUUCAUGGCGGAGACUUUUGCCGUUUCGCUGGCAUGAAACAAGUAAAGAAAGGUUUCACUGUCUACUCCGUGUACGUUUUGCAAGCUAGUUAAAAUCAAUAUUGUACUAUAGUGGUAUUACACCAACAGUUGAUAAACUGUUAAAUUUAUAGCGCAAGUAGUCUAAGGUUCCAGUGUAAAGAUACUGACAUUGGCCUAGUUUAAACAGCUGUUAAACAAACAAGGUUGUUAAACGUGGUAUUUUUUUUUGUAAAAUAAGACCAUUUUAAAAAUUGAUUAUACUGCUUGAAUAUAUUUCACGCUACAUUUUUUUGUUUAAACAAAACUCAGUAGAAAAGUUUAAAACUUUUCAUUACUGAAAUGUUUAAAAAAGGAAACUAUGGAGUCUUUUUAUGAACAAUCUUCUUUAAUGUUAUACCUAUAGAUGUUUGGGGUUUUUUUUCAGUAAAUUUUAUAUAAUUAGCUUUAUCUUUAUGUUAAUCAGUGUCGAAACUUCCUGUUGUAUUUAAAAUAUCAACUUCCAUAGCUUUAGCUCUUAGCAUAUUUAUGUUUGGAAAGCUUUUGAAAACAAAUAAUUAUUCCUUGUGUUGAUUUUUCAUUCUCUAUCAGAAAAGGGAAAAACUUAACACCAUGUGUCACAUAAUGAAGUCUGUUACAUGCCGUAAUAACCCGGAUAUCUGGUUUUUGGAGUGUUUCUGAAACGCUUUUGCACCGAAUUAGAAAAUGUAUUUAACCUUAAAAGUUUUUUUUUAAAAGUAUCAACUUGCCGAUACCGGAAAACUGGCCCAAAAACACCUGGGAAACUUUGACACCAAUGUAACCAAGUAAUAGAAAGAGCAUCAAAACACGAAUACGUGGUGGCGUAGCCCCCGAGUUUUAAUCAGAUUGCCGAUUGUUUUAAUGUUUUUCUCUUUUGUAUUAUAGUCAAACAUAAAAACACGUUCCCUGUUGUUACAAUAAGAAACCCCAGAAAAAAGUAACCAAUGAAUGAUUAUCUGAAUAUGAAAUUUCUAUCGCUUUUCCCCUUCUCUGCCGUCACAAUAUGUAAACCCCAGCAAAAAUGAGUCAAUCAAUGGGCAUGCUCUGGAGUGCGGGUAACUAAUACCUGCUGCACUCCAGUUAACGCACUGUGCAUGUAAAACUUAUACGUUAAUAUUAUUAAAAUAUAUCUUAUAUGGAGGAUAUUAAAUGAGUGUAGUUUGAUACUAAAUUUAUUGAACGAGUUGAAUAAAAUCAUAUUAUGCGAGCCUCUGGCGAGCAUAAUAUUGUUUUAUUCAACUUGUUCAAUAAAUUUAGUAUUGAGUCUGCACGAAUAUAAUAUUCUUUUUAUCACAUACAUAAAAUAAGAACAGUAAACUGUUAAAAUGAGUAAUUUUUCAAUGACGCACCUAUAGUGUAACGCUAACAUUAGCGCGCUUUAACGCUAUUUUUCUAUAUAGCGCAAAUGACGUCACGUCAAAGUGUUAUUACACUAGUGUAAUAUCGUUUUUAUUAAAUGGCUUUAUUACACUUCUGCGCCGCGGUUUAUCUGAUAAAUGCUAGUAUGUAGAGUGCUAUAUUUGUAAUUGUACUACACAUUAUGUACCACAUUGGUCGUUGACCUUCUAGUUUGAUAUUAAUAAA